AUGGCGGGUCAAGAUGCCUCCAUGGAAGAGAUCCUCUGGCGGUCACCCCCGCACGUUCAGAUGAUGGGGGGUUUCCUCCACUCAAACAACAUUCUGUUCUACUUUGCCGAGUCACCCUUCUUCGAUCCCACUUCCAACAACGCCUCACUCGCCAUUCAAGCCAAUUACAACGACGCAUUCCGCCAUUUCGUCGAGACACGCGAAGCUUUCGAGGCCCGGUUGAAGACAAUGCAAGGACUCGAAUUCAUCGUCUCAUAUGAUCCUCUCCAAGCAACCGCUCAAACAAACGGUCAAUUCACCCAAGAGCCUUCCAAUGUCUGGGUGAUCCGAAAACAAAACCGGCGCAAGAGAUCUGGGCUAGACGACGAGGUUGUCGUGAUUUCCACUUACUUCAUUGUCGGUGACUGCAUCUACAUGGCUCCAUCAGUAGCCAGUGUAGUAGGCAAUCGAAUCCUCUCGGCCGUAACCUCUCUAUCACAACUCAUGAAAACCGCCUCAACCCUUCCAACCUUCACAUCUUCCUAUGGGCACACUUACAUGCCACCUGGCGCUCGCAAAGAGAAAGAAUCUCAGUCUCAAUCCCAGCAGAGCAAAGAGCCUACGCCCAUGCCAGAAGCUCUCCCAGACUCGCAAUCCUCCAAAGGCCUCAACGUGGCUGGCACAUCCAAUAUCCAAGAUACGCGCACUCUAGCUGAGUCAUUCAGUCUGCUCACGCGCUAUGGGGAGGAAUUCAUGGACGAAAGUCCGCUCGUUGGCGAGCCUGGCUCGUUUAUUCUAUCCAGGAAUGGUGAGACUGCUGGCAAGGCGGCACCGAAACCUACUGUUCCUGCUGUAGCUGCAGCUGCUAGUGGAACCCCUCUGCCGGUGCGAGCAUCAACUCCGCAGGUUCGGGUUGAGACGCCGGGGAAAACGGAAAAGAGUCCACCGCCAAGUGGUAGUGGUGAUAAGGGAAAGAAAAAGAAGCGUGUUGUUAGUUGA